AUGUCUAGUGAAACUCAAUCAUUAAGUGCAACAAAAGCUUUCGAUCCAUUAAAAGUUGGUUCAAAUGAACUAUCAAAUAGAAUCGUUUUAGCCCCUUUAACAAGAUAUCGUGCUGCUAAUAAUCAUGAACCAUCUGAUUUACAAUUGGAAUAUUAUACUCAAAGAGCCCAAUAUCCAGGAACUUUGUUGAUUACUGAAGCAACAUUGGUAUCUGAACAAGCCGGUGGUUAUCCAAACGUUCCAGGUUUAUGGUCAGAAUCACAAACAAAGGGAUGGAAGAAAAUUGUGGAUUCAGUUCAUUCUAAAAAAAGUUUUAUUAGUGCCCAAUUGUGGAGUUUAGGAAGACAAGCAGAUCCUGGUUAUUUAGCUAGUCAAGGUUUGAGUUAUAUCAGUGCUUCAGAUGUUUAUAACAAUGAUGAUAAGAGAGCAAAAGCUGAAAAGGCAAACAAUCCAUUACGUGCUUUAACUAAGGAUGAGAUAAAAACUCAUGUUGAUUAUUUUGUAAAAGCUGCAAAAAAUGCAAUAUUUGGAUCUGGAUUUGAUUACGUUGAAAUCCAUUCAGCAAAUGGUUAUCUAUUUGAUCAGUUUUUACAAAGUUCUACUAAUAAAAGAACUGAUGAAUAUGGUGGAUCUAUUGAAAAUAGAGCACGAUUCUUAUUUGAGACUAUUGAUGCUCUGAUCGAGGCUGUUGGUGCAGAAAAAGUUGCAAUAAGAUUGUCUCCAUGGGGUACAUAUGGUGAAAUGGCUGGAGAUACAGAUACAGAAAUUGUUGCAAUUCAUAGUUAUGUUGCUUCAGAGUUGCAAAAAAGAAAACUGGCUGGUAAUGAAAUUGCUUAUUUAUCACUUGUUGAGCCUGAAGUCACUGGUGAUACUGAUGCCUCCAAAGUGAAUGUUAACAAUGACUGGAUCUUUUUGAUUUGGAGAGGUGUUGUUUUAAGAACCGGUGCUUUUGCUAGUUCUACUCCUGAUUAUAGACGUAUUUUUGAUGCUGUUAGCCAAAAUGAUCGUACUUUAAUCGGUAUUGGGAGACAUUUCUUAGCCAACCCAGAUUUACUUCAUAGAUUGCACGAGGGAAUUGAAUUGAACAAGUAUCAUAGAGAAACGUUUUAUACUCCUGGUAUUAGUUAUGGUUAUACUACAUAUCCAAAUGCAGGCGAGGACUGGAUAUCUAAAGAUGAUCCUGCAUCUAAAAAGGAAGCUAAAGUUAUCGCUUAA